GGCACGGGCCUUGCUGCCCUCUGCCGCCGCCGCCGCCGCCGCCGGUCCUCGCACCCUGAGCUCUGACAUCAUGUCACAAGAGGAGUAAUCUCUUCCCUUGCUUCCACAAUGGAGGACUCGGGAAAGACCUUCAGCUCUGAGGAGGAAGAAGCUAACUACUGGAAAGAUCUGGCUAUGACCUACAAGCAGAGGGCAGAGAACACGCAGGAGGAGCUCCGAGAAUUCCAGGAGGGCAGCCGAGAGUAUGAAGCUGAAUUGGAGACGCAGCUGCAGCAGAUCGAAACCAGAAACAGGGACCUCCUGUCCGAGAAUAACCGCCUUCGCAUGGAGCUGGAAACCAUCAAGGAGAAGUUUGAAACGCAGCAUUCUGAGGGCUACCGGCAGAUCUCAGCCUUAGAGGAUGACCUUGCCCAGACAAAAGCCAUUAAAGAUCAACUGCAGAAAUACAUCAGAGAGCUGGAGCAGGCCAAUGACGACUUGGAAAGAGCCAAACGGGCCACGAUCAUGUCUCUGGAGGACUUUGAACAGCGCUUGAAUCAAGCCAUUGAAAGAAAUGCCUUCCUGGAGAGUGAAUUGGACGAGAAGGAGAAUCUCCUAGAAUCUGUUCAGCGGCUGAAGGAUGAAGCCAGAGAUUUGCGGCAGGAAUUGGCUGUGCAGCAAAAGCAGGAGAAACCCAGGACCCCCAAGCCCAGCUCGGUGGAAGCUGAAAGGACAGACACAGCUGUGCAGGCCACUGGCUCCGUGCCGUCCACUCCCAUCACUCAUCGAGGACCUGGCUGUAGCUUGAACACGCCCGGGACGUUCCGACGUGGUCUGGAUGAGUCCACCGGGGGGACCCCCCUCACACCGGCAGCACGGAUAUCGGCCCUCAACAUCGUGGGAGACCUGCUGCGCAAAGUGGGGGCUCUGGAGUCCAAACUUGCUUCCUGUCGGAACUUCGUGUACGAUCAGUCCCCAAACCGACCAAGUGGCCCGGCCUCAGGGCGGGGAAGCAAGAACAGAGACGGUGGCGACAGACGGGCAGGCAGCACCAGCGUGCCUCUGGGUGACAAAGGGAGAGAAAAUUGAGACCCAGUGAGACACUGCUCCUGACCUUGACACUCACUCUUGUAACCCCGUGGGCCCCCGUGCUAGCCAGUCUGUAACAGCUGUAAUGUCCGCUUAAUUUGGUUUGCUCUGUCUGAAGGUUGGGAAAACGCCUGGAAUUUGGGAAGCCGCCUUCAAAUAUGUCCUCACCAUCGCUGCCGUCAGCCCAGGGUGUAGUCAAGAUGUUGCUUUAGGAAAUCCACGGAAGCCGAGGCCCCUGGUGUCCGUGCCCAGUCGUUAUCCUCCCUCCCUGCUUUAAACUAGGUUUCUGUUUUUGUUUUUAAGUAGUUUGAGAAAUACAAGCAAUCAGUCAACACUAACCAAUGACUGAGGUCGUCAUCGCCUGUGGCCCCUGGUGGUUGUCCCUGGGAAAUACUCUCUCCUUGCUGAGGUGUUGCCAGUGGACAGGGACAACCGGACCCUCUGGAAGGGGCAAUGUGGGCGCUGAGGCUGUCCUGUCAUUUUCAGCCACCCUGAGCCCUGAUGGGUCUUGAGAGGUGUUUUUAAUGCCUGAAGACACCUUAAAAGUGGGGUCUGAGCCCAUCGCAGGCUCACCCCGGCCCCCACUCAGCUGGAGCUGCUUCCAGAACAAAAUCUCCAGUGCCCUGUGGUACAGCAGGGACCAGCACACUGAAAUCACGUCUAGGAGCAAAGAAUAGAAUAGGCCGUGUACUUUUUAUUGAAACUGUGGUGUGGUGUACCUCCGACACUUUUUAAUCUGCCUCUUACUGAGGCUUUUAGAGUUUCAGGGUAAAUUUUAUGGGGACCAGGUCCAUGGAAAAUCUGUGUCCUUUUUAGUCCAAUCCAAGCCUGACUGUUAGUUGUUCUGAGCCCCUCACCCUGGCCUGGGGGUGACUUCUGCUUCAGGACCCUGAGGGUCACUGGGGUCUAAUGGCUCUGGCAGCCCCUAAGAACAGGGCUUCUUUCAAAGCCAUGAUGCAAUAACUGGGGUGACCUUCAGGCAACAUCAAACCACAAGCAUUGUCCUUGGGCGCUUCCUUAUUCAAGAAGAACGAACACAGGAUUUCCACGCGGACGGUGGACGGCUCAUUCAGCCCUGCUUGUGAACGGCCGUGUCACACUUUGGAUGGAUGCAAGUAAACAAAAAACACAAAUUCAGGCGCAAGUGUGCAGCUUAACGGCUGUCCAUUACUAAGUUAUUCUUCCAGAAGAACAGCAAAAAUAUCCUUGAGUUGAAAACAGAACUUCUCAAGUGCUACUGAAAUUCGGCAGAGAAUUAAACUUGAGCACCCACUUCAUCACACUAGCAACAUUCUAAUCUGUAUCAGCAAAAGAUGUACUUUUAUUUUUUUAAAAGAGCAAUAAAAAUCAAGGGAAACUGA